GCAAACCAUAAAAAGCGUAAAAUAGGCUUCGCCUCCCUCCUCCAGUCCCCUGUUUGCCUUGAGAGAAACUUUGCCUUGCCUUGCCUUUGGGCUUUCUCUCGCUCAAAGUUUCUUCAGAUCUAAAAGAAAAUUUUGACGCUUUUUAUUCAUAUAUCUAACAGUAAUGACGUUCAAGUCACCUGCCGGUUACGGCUCCAGCACAACCACCACCACCACACAACCACCGCCCUCAUCGCCGACGUCCCUGACCUUCAUAUCACGCGCCACGCAAGCAACCCGAACUAUAAUAGCCACGCGCCGGCCAUGGACCGAGCUCGUCACCCCAAUAUCGGCCAUCUCCCUCCCAUACUCCUAUCAGGACGCCAUGUCGCGCAUCAGGCAGAACCUCUACUACUUCCGGGCCAACUACACCAUGGCCGUGCUCUUCGUCCUCUUCGUCAGCCUCCUCUGGCACCCGGUCUCCAUGAUCGUCUACCUCAUCGUCUUCGUCGCUUGGCUCUACUUCUACUUCGGUAGAGAAGCCCCGGUCGUCCUCUUCGGGCAGAGCUUGGACGACAGAGUCGUGCUCGCGGCGCUGGGCCUUUUUACUGUGAUCGCAUUGGUGUUGACCGAUGUGGGGUUGAACGUGUUGGUGGCUCUCAUUAUUGGGGUCGUGGUUGUCGGGUUGCACGCAGCGUUUCGGGGCAGGGAGGACUUGUUUCUUGACGAGGAGAGCGCUGUGGAAGGUGGGUUGGUCUCGGUUGUGGGGACUCAGCAGCCACUGAGGACCACGUAUACUCGGAUAUGAGUUCUUCUCUGUUGUCAUUCAUGAAUUUUUGACGGCAUCAAAGGUGGGAAUCGGCUUUUUGAGGUCUGAUUUCUGGUGGGUAUUGCGCUAAAAGACCGAUUUCACAGCAGUAAUUGGUUUUUUGGGGUUUGAUUUCUAGUGGGUAUUCCGGUAAUUGUCUUUCUAGGGGCACUUGUGGUGUUGUUUGUGAGGAGAUGGGGUUCUCUGGGCACUAUGGAGUUGAUUUAUAUAUGUUGAUAUUGGGGAACAGAUUGUACUAUUAUUGAUAUUGAUUUUGUGCUUGAGAGGACCUUUUCUCCAACUAGGUUCCUAAUUGUAUUGGAGUAUUUUGGUUUGAGAUAUGAUGACUUGAGUUUUGGUUGUUUCAGUCAGUUUCCGGUUAGUUAUUGACGCUGUUUCAGGCUACAAAGCGACGACAGAAUCAAGAUUAAAUGGGGUGUCUGCCGGUUUGCAGCAUCAAUAGGAAAGGUGAUUUCUUUGGUUUCGUGGGUUUAGUUGCUGGUUGUCAGUUUCUAAUGUAUCUUGAACUUGCAAAGUUAUGUUUGUCUAUAUACUCUUGCUAAAUGGAAUUAUCGUAAUGAUCAACCA